AUGGCUAGCCGCUGCCAGCGCCGCCGCUCUGGUCAACCAGAGCGCGCCACACGGGGCUCCCCGCAGCUCCAGCCGCCGCGGCCCGCGGAGCCCAUCGCGAGCCCGCGCAGGCCCAGAUCCCCGCCGCCGCUUGGCCCGCGCCAGGCCCGGCCGCGCGUCGCCCGACCUCGACCGCGUGCCUCCCCGAGCUCCCUGCGACCCCCAGCGGCGGCUUCGUCCCCGAGUCGCCGCUCCGCGUCGCGCCUCCACGCCGCCGCCCCGCCAGGUCGCGCUGCCCCGUCCGGCUUCCUCCUCUCUCUCUCCCUGACCCCGUCUCUCUCUCCCCCGCAGGUCCCCGCCGCCAUGGGAGCCGAGCUCCGCCGCAUCCCUCCGCCUCCCAGCUCGCCGCCCGCCCCGUCUCCGGCCAGAUCCGGCCGGGGGACGGCCGAAUCCGCCGCCCCGCACCCGUUCCUGGCCUCCCGCCGUCCCUCCAUUGCCAGAGCUUCGCCGAAGAAGCCGCCGCGCUCGUGUGCCCUCGCGUGA